AUGGCCAACCCUGCCACCUCAAUCGUCAAUCCUGCGGGAGAGGAGAUCCUCCUCUUCUUUGUCGACGGAGACAAGCGACUUGCUCUCCAGGAGAUCCCCAUUGAUCCGGAGCAGCCCAUGUUUGAUUAUGAUCCCCUGACCACUCCCGGCGGUUCUCACAUCACCAACCAGAGCAUCGCUGCCGUUUCCCUCCGUGGCCUGCCGGUCGUCUUUGGUCAGAUUGAGAUUACCACUGGCUCGGGGGACGCGGUGAAGAAGAGCCGUGUCCUUGCUCAACUCAGCCCCAUCGUGAAAGUCAUGGCUGGAAAGAAGCCUGAGGAGACAACCUUCGACGAGAACCAGAACGCAUUUGCUGCCAUCAGCAAUCAACAAGGUGAUAAAGUGGGCACUCAUGCUUGGUGCUACUUCAUCAAGAACAGAUCCAAGGAGGGUACUGCUGUCAAGCUGGGCCUACAGGAGGCCAGCCUUAUCGGCAAUAGCGUCAAGGUUCAUCAUUUCAGUGACCAGGAAAUUCCGAGCGACUUGAUGCCUGGUACCACCUCCCGUCUCGCGGCUCUGUACCUUGACACGAACCACCGCGAGGUGUACUACCAGGUUGAGGAUCCCAAAUCCCAUUCCAUAUAUUGUUACCGAAUUGGUAGCAGCAACCCUCCGAUGAAGAUACCUGGUACCUCGUACGCAAUGCCGGGAACCCCCAUUGCCGUGACCAAGUCCAAGGCGGGGAACGUCUAUCUUUAUUACCUUUCCAAGCCAGGAUCAGAAGGAUACGCAAACAUACAACGUACCGACAGAGUUAAUUCGGAAUGGCAGGCGACGGCGAGUGUCAAGAGCGAGUUUGACUUUGCGGUCUCGACGGUCCUCGAGACUCAGUUGGCUGUCACGCAGGUCGCUGUAAAGGACAAGCUGCAGAAUACGGUGUUCUACCUCGGUUCGUCCGAUGAGCAGUACAAGCCUAUUCGUGACAAGGGUGAAAUUAAAUAA